AUGUUCACCCCUAUCUCGCUGACGGUGAUCUGUGCGGCGCUGCUGCUGCCGGCCGCGCUGGCCGACCUGCAGACAGAGAGGCUGCUCCGUGGCCAGGAGGUGCUCGAGCAGGGACAGAAGGCGCUGCAGCAGCAGCUGAAGGUGCUGCAGCAGGGCGUGGACGCGGUGCGCGCGGCGCUGGGCGCCUGCCCUGCCGGCUGGCACGAGCACGACGGCAACUGUUUCCGGCUGUUCGACGAGGAGCUGACUGCCGAUGGGGCCGCCGAGGCGUGCCGCGUGCACGACCGGCGCGCCCGGCUGGCCUCCGCCGACAACGUCUCUCGGCCGCAUGUGCACGGCCUGGUGGACGCCAGCCAGCACCACCGGGCCUGGAUCGGCCUGCGUCUGGAGGAGGACGGCUGGAUCUGGAGCGACGGCCACGUGCUGGAGAGCGGCGACAGCGACUGGCUGCGCGGCCAGCCGGACGACAACGGCGGAGAGAGGUGCGUCAUGUACGACAACUCGGCGCGCUACGGCGGCUGGACGCAGGGCUGGGCCGACGAGCGCUGCGUGCUCACGGCCCCCUUCGUCUGCCAGAUCAAACUCCGGUGCUAG